AUGAAGGCAAUUGAGGUGGCGGUGGUGGCGGUUAUUAAACUCUUUCUAGUAGCAAGUACUGUAACGUGUUCAAGCAACGUUUAUCAACCAUUUGACCAAUCUCAAUUAGGAAAUGAGUCAUUUUUCGAACAGUUUGAUUAUUUGUCAAUUUCGCAGUCCCCAUGGAAGCUGUCGCACUCGAAAAAAUAUGAUCAAGGAAGAGACGAGGUAAUGAAGUAUAAUGGUAUAUGGUCAAUUGAAAAAGCUUAUAAAUAUCCUGGAUUUGAUAACGAUUUGGGGUUAGUUAUGAAAUCUCGAGCUUCGUAUCAUGCAAUUGCAUGUAAAUUACCUCACACUAUCAAUAACGAUAACGGCAAGGUACUUGUUAUACAAUACGAAGUAAAAGCACAAGUUGAAUGGUCUUGUACAGGCGCCUACAUAAAACUACUAGACGAGAAAUCAGACUACUCAUUCUUUAAUGACCAAACUCCCUUUCAAAUCGCUUUUGGUCCCGAUAAAUGUGGUAGCGUUAAUCGAGUUUAUUUUGAAAUAACAAGAUCAUCACUCAAUGGAAGUGUUGAGAGAAAAGUCUUACAAGAGCCACCAUUGGCAAGGCUCAAUGAGUUGACGAAUUUGUAUACUUUAAUUCUACAUCCUAAUCAGGAUUUUGAAAUAAGAAUCAAUGGUAAGACGGCAAAAACGGGAAAUUUUCUUGAUGAAAAGCAUUUGUUUCAUCCUCCAAUCUUUGAGCCCGGUGAACUAGUUGAUGAAAGUGAAGGUAAACCACUAGAUUGGGAUACUCGCGAAUAUAUCUCUGAUCCUAGUGCAAAGAUGCCUGAUGAUUAUGAGCAAAAACACGCCCACCCUCGAAUCGCAGACCCUAAUGCAGUCAAGCCCAAAGAAUGGGACGAAUCUGAACCUAGGUAUAUACCAGAUCCAACCGCAGUGAAACCAGUAGACGAUGCCGGAGACGACUGGAUGCCAUCUCUAGUCGUGAAUCCAAAAUGUGGUACCACGGGUUGCGGUUUAUGGGUGCCACCAACGAUAAUCAACCCUGACUAUAGAGGUCCUUGGAUUGCACCACUUGUAAAGAAUCCAAAUUACAAAGGUCCAUGGACACCUGAGAAAAAAAUUGCCAUACCGAAUUCCUCAGAAAAAGAUAAACUUGUUACUAAUUGUUUAGAUAAACCAAUUGGUGGAAUCGGAUUCGAACUAUGGACAAUGGAUGGAGAAACAAUGUUUGAUAAUAUUUAUUUGGGCAAUUCGAUAAGUGAAGCGGAACUAAUUGGAAAUCAAACAUUCAAGCCUAAAUUUGCAUUAGAAUAUGCCAAUAAAUUAAAUAAUACUCCCAAGGUGCUAAAUGAACCAAUUUUACCGCCACCAAGUUUUGAUGAUAUCAUAAGAGAUGAUUCAAUAAGCAAUUUAAGGCAAUUUAUCAUGUUUAUAAAAUGGUUUUUGUGGAAAGAAUACAUGGAGUUUAAAGAUUUCGUAUUUGACUUUUUCAUUGAUCCUGUGAGGAUAAUUAUGCGACAUCCCUUUAAAGCGCUGGUGUAUGCAAUUUGCCUAAUUGUUGCAUUCACAUUUCUAUGCGGUAUUGGAAGUGUUCUUCUUUUCUUAUUACAGAGCAAUGGAUCCGAUGGGGAUCUGUUGGAUGAGGAAGACAAUGUUAUGGAGAAUAGAAGUCAUCCACACUCUGACGAUGGUGAUGAUAUAGUUGUCAAGAUGUAUGAGAGUUACAACGAAGGAAACGAGCAAAGUGAGGAAUAG